AUGGCUCCAAGAUCUCUGAUUCUUCACCGACUCACGCCCUUCUUUGCAGCUCGAAUCAGGCAGAACCAGAGGCUUCUCAGCUCUUCUUUCUAUUCGUCUUCUGCUGUAGAAGAAGCCUCUUCUUCAUCCUCAUCUUCAUCUCCGUCCCUCGAUGCUGUUGUGAUGACUGAUACAUGUGUUCAAAGAAUGAAGCAGCUGCAAGCCAGUGAAGCAGAGGGAAAGAUGCUUCGCUUGAGUGUAGAAACUGGUGGAUGUUCUGGGUUCCAAUAUGUUUUUGAUCUGGAUGACAAAACCCACCCAGAUGACAGAGUAUUUGAGAAAGAAGGAGUAAAGUUGGUGGUCGACAAUGUUUCAUAUGAUUUUGUGAAAGGGGCAACUGUUGAUUAUGUUGAGGAGCUGAUCCGUUCUGCUUUCCAAAACUGCGUGUGCACAUUGAAUCUUAUACCUGUGAACCCUACAUGGAAAUUCAUUGUAUGGGAUAUGCGAACUAGGAUAAUGAGCAAGAAGGAUAUUCUUCAUAAUGAAAGAUCUAUUUUUAAAGUUUUUCUUUAA